GGCAGCCUGGGGCGGGCCCAGGGCUGCGAGAGGCCGGAGGGCGGCAGCGUGGCGCCGGUGGGCGGCGGCCCGGUGGGCGGGGCGGAGCGGGGGGCGGUCCCGCAGCCGGCCGGAGAAGGGCGGAAGGGGAAACAGGUCCAGCAACAUGUUUGAGAUGCCAUUGCCUCUGGAUCGAGAUGGGAUCCUCUUCCGGCUCCGCUUUACCACCCUGGCUGUCGGGACCGUGUGUUGCCCGCUGUUUGGAUUCCUUUUCUGCGUGAUCUGGUCUCUGCUGUUCCACUUCCAGGAAACGACAGCUACUCACUGUGGUGUGCCCAAUUACCUCCCCUCCAUCAGCGCCGCGAUUGGCGGCGAGACCCCUCAGCGCUACGUGUGGCGUCUCUGCAUUGGCCUCCACUCCGCACCCCGCUUCCUGGUGGCCAUCGCAUACUGGAACCAUUACCACAGCUGUCACUGCACGCACCCUCGCUACCCGCGGCUCUGCCGCAUCAACUUCGCCCUCAACGUGCUCGAAAACGUCGCCCUCCUUUUGCUGACGUACGUGUCUUCCUCGGAAAACUAUGCAAUCCACGAAAAUUCCUUCAUCCUCUUUAUCACCUCGGCCCUGGGUCACAUGCUCCUGACUUGCAUUCUGUGGCGGAUGACUAAGAAACACACAGUAAGUCCCGAGGAAGCGGAUCUGCGGACGGGGGAAACUGGAGUCGCACCUCAGGGCCAGGAGCGCAAGUCCUACAAGUGGAAGCUGCUGCUCUUCCUCUUUAACCUCGUCACGUUCUCCUUGGCUGUGUGCGUCUACUUCCACCACAACUGGUACUGCGAGGCCGGAGCCUAUACCAUCUUCGCUUUCCUGGAGUACCUGGUCGUCCUUUCCAACAUGGCUUUCCACAUGACCGCCUGGUGGGACUUCGGCAACAAAGAGCUGGUGGUCAGCUCCCAGCCAGAAGACAAACGUUUCUAGGGCGGCCGUGUUGCCCGUGCUGCCGACGGCAUCUGGCGUCCUGCAGUUGGUGCGAGGGUUGGGGCCAGAUGAGCUCCUGGGAGCGACGCUGGGCAGGGGAGGACCGUGAUGUGCUUUGAGAGGAAGCCACAAGCGCCCUUCGUUGAGACAUGGCCAGGACCUCCCUGUUCUUGCGCUGCUGCGGCCAGGACCCUGAUAAAAAUGCCUCCAGAAAUACCGGAGGGUGGGGAUUGUAGGGGAGCGGGAUGAUUACGCACAAAUAACACAGCAGCCUCUCCAGGGAUCUGUCAUUCCUAUCAAGUGCCAGGACAGGAGCAGUUAGUGGGAGCCGAGGGGGCAGGACCCAGGUGAGUCGACGGGGUAAGAUGUUGGUCCGUGUGGCUAGGAAUCCUCCUUCUGCAAGGCCGACUGAUGCAGGGAUGGGAUCUUCUUUACUGCCCCGCCUGGCUCAGCACAGCACCUUUCCCGCCCCUGCUGCCUCACCAGGGCUCUUGCCGCAGCCCCAGACUCUCGGCAGGAACCACCCCGGGUAACAGUCUUGUGCUGAUUGACAGUGGAGAUUCCUAGCUGUGGCCCUGGGAUUGGAACAGGAGUUCUCCAGAGGGAGGGUCUCCGUUGAGCUCCUGACCCCCACUUCCGCUUCCCGGUACUCCCUGUAAAGCGAACGAGAUGGAAGGAAAGGCUGAGAAUACUGGAGGAAAACCCCUUGCAAGGCAUUCAGUGUUGCUCAUUCUCAGCACCUUGGAAUAACUUCCAGUUCCCCUUCACUCAGACAUCAACUUGAGGGGUCACUGAAGCAGGACCUGGCUGCUUUUUCUGCAUUGCCUUGGGCUGGCUAUUCCUCCCUGUGUUUUCUCCCCCCUCCAGUCCAACAGGUCGGCUUUGUUCACCCUGCAGAAUCCUUGGCCAAGGCCUCCAAAGGUGCUGUGACAGAGUGCUGAGGCCUGACAGAUGGGCCAACACUCUGAUCGUUUCCGUGUGACAGCUGAUUGAGGAGGUAGGGAGGAAUUAGCUAAUCAGGUGGGGAGGCGGGCUGAGAUAGGGAAUUUCCUUGGAUAAAAGGCAGGGAGGCCGUGCUGGGGUGGCAGGAGACAGGGCUAGCUGUGCCUAGAUUGAAGGAGAUCCCAAGGAAGAGAGAUCUGGUUUCCUCCCGGGGCCCUGCUGAACAGGGUCUGAAGGCAAGAGAGUCGUAGAGCUUGGGCAGGGUGUGUUGCAUUGGCCCGGUGUUGGUGGAGGGGACUUGAAUAAAUUAUACAGAGUGGACACUAAGAGAGCCUGAGCAAUUCCUGGGGCGGCCAAGGAUCGGGGGGGGGGGAUACGCCCCCAUCACAGGUGGGACUAGUGACUGCGGGGGGAGGGAGCUCAACCUUCAAUGGGCCAGAAGCCCAAAGUGCAGAGCACCUGGCUUCUGAGAGAUGUUCCCCUUUAAGGCCUCUCAGGUUGAGCACCCAAAAAAGUAAGAUGUCCCCCCUGUCCCCUCCCCCGCAAUCACUAGGUCCUCUUAGAAAUCUUGCCCCUUGGCUCCUAGGAAGGGUCAGAGUGAGCAAGCGCUUGAGGCAGGUCUGAGCUGCAGAGACCGUUGGGAUGUGGGCUCCGGGUUGGGCCCCUCUCGGAGAUGCAGUGCCUCCAGCUGACCAGGCACUGGUGGAGGAGCGAAGCCCAGCCCAGCCCAGGCAGACGGGUUUCUCUUGGGCCAGACCUUCCAGCCUCCUCGACCACUCUCCCAGGGCCGUCACUGGUCUCCUUGUGCACAGCUGGGGCCCAUCCUCGCCUGGGUCACUGCAGCUCGGCUGGCUGCUUGGCAGAGGAGCUGUAAUCCCAGGAUAUACAGGGCCGUAGUCUCCCUGCUACACUGGGGUAGCUGCACUGGCUUCAGUGGAGCGGCUCCUGAUUGACAUAGUACCAGCGAGGGGGAGCUGGAGGGGCACUGCUGUAGCUUCCUGGAUUUUGCGGAGGACAGGGUCUUAUUUUGGAGGGUUGGCAGCACAGCGCAUCACCCCCGCGGCACCUAGGAGAGACCACCCUUCGUGCACAAGCCCCUGUCUUAUGAGACCACCCCAAAGUCUCUCCAGGUGGGUUGAGCAGAGCAGUGCCCCACCUCCGUUAGAGCGCCCGCCUCCAGGCAGCGGUGGCUUUUCUUGGGGCUGUUGAGUGAUGCUACCAGGCAGGUUUCCAUGUGGUUUGGGGGGAGAGGGCAGUCCCAGAUCCCUGGUCGUGUCCAUUUCAGUGCAGGUGCCCCAUGUCCAGGCAAGCUCCAGCUGGGAGAUUCUGGCGGUUCCAUCUCCCCAGCUGCAUCGGACCAAGGCUCAGUGCCGAUGGCAAAGGCUGUGGAUAGCGUCGCUCUGACUCCUUUGGCAGGUGUGAAUUUAGUGUGGCUGGAGUGAGAACCCCAGGGACCAGACACUCCUGCUCGCCCUAGCCAGGGUCCUUGCCAAGCAGUGCCAAGAGGCCUGCUCCCUCGCUCUGCCACCAUGCCUCGGCCCGGACCUGCAGGUGACCCCUCCGAGGAAGUUUGGGCUCUGGGUCUAGUCUGCUGUCUCUGAAUAAGGGCGUGUUGUGUGGUGGACUUUGUGGUGUGGAUACCUGCCCUUGGAGAUCUGCACAGAGACCCACCAAAGAGCCAUUGGCUACUAGUGACAUUCAGUCCCAACCAACCUGGGCCAGACCCAGACCAGAGACCGAGAGCUGUUAUGUACGAUAUAGAUAUUCCUACCAAUCUCAUCCCUGCAGUGUCUGAGCACCUAAAGGCCCUGUGUCCCGUAGCCUGGCCCUUUCUGCCAGCCGCUGCCCUGAGCUGGAGUCCACCAUCACUGAUUGGCUUCUUGGGUGCCGAUGGCCUGGUGCUGUCCAAAAGAUAAGAACUCUGCACCCAACCUGAACAGACCCUGUGCUUCGGAUACAGAGCACCGGCUGGCUGUGCCGUCCCACCGCGGCAAAGCAGAAGAUUAAUCACCUGGUGAAUUAACACCAAUGACCUUCGUGGCAGAAAUGUGUUGGGAGCCAGGAGGGGGCGGAGGGCUGGCACAUGGAGGGCCUCCCAGGCCUGAGGGGGACAGCCUGGGAAAGGCACUGGAAUACCCGGGAGAAGGAUACAGAGGGAGUGGGCCAGGCUCGGAGGGUAGGUUUAGGCCUGGUGAGGAUCGAAGGGCGGGGCAGGAAGCCUGCCUGUGUUGUGAAGGGGAGAGGAAGCCAGGGCUGGGAGCAGAAGUGGGAGGGGCAAGGGAUGGUAUGGCUACCAAGUCAUUGACAUGGCAGCGUGUGCGGGGGGGGUGAAGGGUGAGCCCAGUGGGCAGACUCGCAGAGAUGACAGGAGCCUGCCCCCAGGGGGUUCACCAGGGAGGUGGAUAAACCCAUCCCAGGAUGUCUGGCUGAGCAGAGCUAGCAGGGUGCUGCGUCAGGCACCACGUUCUUCUUGGUCCUACGCGCCAAAGCCAGAACAGAAUACAGCCAUUCAGUCAUCCAGCGAUAGCUGCCUCCUUGGAGCUCAGGGAGGGGACACAGCUGAUAAGUAACAGCAGAUGGGAAACUCUCCCUCUCCUUGUUAAUUCUCCUUUUUCUUUGGCGUGGAGUUGGGGGCGAGUGGAGUACGGAGAACGGGCCCCGUGGCAGGGUUACAGGGCAUCCGAAAUAGGGAAGGACCCUGGGUGAUGUGUCUGAAACCAGGCAGAGGCCAUCAUGGGCCCUCCCCAGCAGAACAUGCAGGAUGGUCUAGGAGCCAGCUGGGAAGGUCAGGAGAUGCUGGGUGCCUUCAGCUGGUGCUUUUUCUGCUCUUAGCCCUGGUGGAACGCAGCUCUGGUCCAUCAGACAGCCGGUACUGGUCUGUGCGGAAAGGCCAUGUUACCCUCUCGCAGGUCUGACGGGGCACCUACCUCUGCUCUGUGCCAAGCGCCCUUUCAGAGCCCUGCUGGGGAGAUCAGCUGCAACCUACAUGGUGACACCUGGUCACUCACUGGGGAGAAGUCACACACACACACACACACCCUUCCCGACCAGCACAGUGUUUGAGAGCAGCAAGCACAAGAUUGUCCAAGCAACAGUCCCAGGAGUGAACCUGCCUUGGGCUGCGAGGGCUCAUUGAGGUUGGGAUAAAGUCUGCUCGGUUCUUUGGCUUUAAUAGUCGCAAUCUCUCUUCCUGAUUUUCCUGGGCAUUUUGGAACUGCCAGUGCGGCCCUCUCUCGCCAGCCGCUGCUGCUUGCAAGUGGAAUCUGCCGUGCGCAUCAUCCGUUACUGUAUGCAAUCACACUGUAUUCUACUGGGGUGGGGAUCGCACACGCUCUGUGCCAUGAUACUGCCGGAUGUAUAUUUUCAUUGGUUUGGAGGAUGAAAUAAA